AUGACGUCACUAUCUCCGAUGACGACGUCAACUAUUCCCAGUGCGGCUCCAGCGGAAAAUCAGCAAUGUUCGUAUUUUUUGACGCUUUAUUUUUACAAGGAUUUCGGAUUGGAAAAAUAGCAGUUAUUUUUUUUCAAGUCUUAAAAUCAAAGUUGGAUUUUUGAAUUUUUUUUCUUUUUUUUCUGUUAGAUAACUUAGAUGGCAGCUUUAUAAUGAGAAUACGUUCUCUCGGUUUCAAUUGAAUUAAUUCACUGAGCACACUGGAAGUAUCUAAUCUUAUCCUGGACUAUCUUGGAAUUGUACAGUUUUAAAUGUUUUCCGGUACAGUUUUUCAAAGUUUUUCUUUGAGAUGUUACCUGGUUCAUACGUUACUUUAUUCCUAUAAAAUAUGCAAUUUCUAUUUAAAAGGAAUAAAACUUUGAAAUUGAAGCUUCAACGUCUUCUCCGAAUUCAAACGACACUCCGCCGUUCCUCCUCGCCGCCACAGAUGCCCAAAGAAAGGAAUACAUAGGUUUUUAAAAGCUGAUUUAUAAAAUUUAUGAGUUACUUGGAGAGGAAAAAGUUACAAGAAGAGAAAAUUAUUGGGAAUCAUAUUUCCUAAUUUUCAAAAGUAAAAAUCUGCGACCAGUUUUAUCAAUCCGAAAAAAUCGCAAAAGCGCUUUAGAGAACAAACUUUUUGAUAUUUUAAUCUCAUUUUUUCGAACUUUGAUAACAGAAUCCCGUCGCGCUCCCAUCAUUUCGGGGGACUUCUAGUGACCACUUCAGUAGCGUCAAAAUCCCUGGAACUGCUCAGGAACGACCGGAGCGCGUCCGAUUUCGUUACAAGUUCGAUAGAGCAAAUUUGGAGUUAUGAAUAUUGAAUUAAAAAUUUUGAGAGCUCGAGAGCAAUCCUAAUUUGCCGAUCAACGUUAAAAGAAAAGCUGAAGACGCUUGGGCCGAGAAAUGCGGCGAGCCUGUUUUGGUAAGAUUUUUUUUUGAAGUGAGAGUUUCAAAUAAAAUUUUUUGAGAAUGGAACUUUUGAGAAUUGAAAAUUCUUGAAAAGCUCGAUCUUUUUUUUCUGUGGAGAAGAAUAAAAUUCUUUGCUUGAAUAUUUUUAGUCGAUCUAACAAGAAAAUCUAUGGUCGCACGUGAAUGACUCAAAAAAAAAAGUUUUAGCGAUACUUAAAAAUAACCGUGACGUUUUGUAUUUUUACAUCUCUGAGUUUCUUUUUUCAACCUUCCAGGGCCUCUACAAGUCCUUCACUUCUUACAAACAGUCGCUGGCGAGCGAAGAAUCAGUCCGAAUGAUGAGAAUCACGGAGAAUCUGUCGCCUGCCGCUCGUGCCGCCGACCAGAAAGUCCGAGGUCCGUUGCCUGACCGCUUCGCAAGACCCACGCGUCGCGUUUCAGCCAUCACUAGCAACGAGACGCAGACACAGAAAGAGAUGGAGACGAACGUCAAGAAGGAACUGUCCAAGCUGCCCAAGAAAGUCUACUACGAGCUCACUUUUGCCACUCAAUAA